GCAGCACCGGAAAUAAACACCAAAAAUGAGAAAACAUACAUUUUUGAUGUAAUAUUUUGCAUUUUGUGACUUGAUUGAUUCUUAAUGGAAUUGGGGGUGUUUGUCUAGGACUUAAAUGUUCGAUGAGACAAGGGGGAAUACAAUGAAUGAAUAAAAAAGAAUCAAGUCCUCGGGAUGGGGAGUUCAUCAUCCAAGUUUCGCAAACACCUGAGCAAUGGAGACGAAGUUGCAGCACUUCAUCUCUAUAACAACAACAGCGACCUCAGGAAGGGACUUGACCCAAACUGUUCAUAUGGCGACCAUCACAACCAUGAAACUCCUUUACAUUAUGCAGCCAGACAUGCAAUGAAAAGUCUUUUAAGGAUUUUCCUGCAUGACCAUAGUGGUAAUCCUAACAAAACAAAUGGAAAAAAGGAAACCAGCCUGAUCUGUGUUUGUAUGGAAAAGCCAGAAAAUGCCCAGUUUUACCCUGUCCAAAGGAAGAGACUAGACUGUCUAAUGAUCCUGUUGAAGUGGAGAGGAUCAGAAACAGAGGGAGGAGAUAAAGAAAAAGUAGACCUUGGCUCCCAAGAUGAGAAUGACAACACAGCGCUCCAUUAUGCAGCAUUAUCUGGACUGAAAUAUUGCGUAGAAAAAUUAGUCCAGUCUGGUGCCCCACUGUUCACAGAGAACAAGGAAAGGCAGACACCAUGUGACUGUGCAGAGCAAGGCGGCCAUGCCGAGAUAGCCCUGUACCUAGAGUCCAAGAUGGUCUUUUCUAGUGUUGGUAACGAAGAUGAAGCAGAAGAUGUGACAUCUAUUGUGGAAACUGAGGAGUACAGUGGAUUACGGGCCCAGGAUUUACAGGAGGCAAAGGAUCAGCUUCUGGUGGAAACUGCAGACAUGUUAAGUGUUCCCCUGUUUACAGCCGAAGCACUGCUCCGAAAUUAUGAAUGGUCCCGGGAGAUGUUGCUGGAGGCGUGGAUGACGGACCCAAAGCACUGCUGUGAGAAAUCCGGUGUCCACCCUCCCUCCAGUAUUUUCUGUGAUAAACCAGUUGUUCAGCACUCCCUUCACACAGAUCAGCCCCGGCUAGAGACACAGCAGAAAUGCACUGGAAUUUGCGAUAUCUGCAUGGAUUCCUUUGUAAUGUCGGACUCUCAUGUUGGAAUGACCUGUGACCAUGUGUUCUGUAAAGACUGUUGGAAAGAAUAUUUGAAUCUCAAGAUACAGGAAGGAGACGCCCACAACAUCACAUGUCCUGCCUAUCAGUGCGACAAACUCGCCCCUGUUGAUCUGAUUGAGGGCAUCGUCUCGCGAGAUAUGGCUAGGAGAUACCUCCAAUUUGACAUAAAGGCGUUUGUGGACAGUAACCCAAACAUCAAGUGGUGUCCAUUUCCCGGAUGUGGACGGGCAGUCAAACUUCCCGAUCAAGACGACCGGAACAAGAAAAUCCCUGUGGACACAUCUCGAGCAGUGGACUGUGGAAAUGGACACUAUUACUGCUGGGACUGUUUAGGGGAAGCUCAUGAACCAAGCAGCUGUGAUAACUGGACAAAAUGGUUCCAGAGGAUUGGAGAAAUACGGCCAGAGGAAAUCAGGGGGACAGAGGAGGACACAAAUACUGCGGCCAACUGUCUGUGGCUUGUGACCAACUCAAAACCAUGCCCCAACUGCAAGUCCCCCAUCCAGAAAAACGAGGGCUGUAACCACAUGAAAUGCUCAAAGUGUAAAUAUGACUUUUGUUGGGUAUGCCUGGAUCAGUGGAAAAGACACAACACAAGCACUGGGGGCUACUUUAAAUGUAAUCGGUAUGAAGCUGUCAAAGUCGUCCAAGAAGCCACUCAGAAAGCUCAAAGCCAGGCUGAGGAACAGAACCAUAAAAUGCAGGAGUUGAACAAGUUUGUACAUUACUACACACGUUUUAAAAACCACGAGAACAGCUAUAAGCUGGAAGAACCAUUGUUAAAUACAACCAAGAACAAAAUGAUGAAAUUAGCAGAGGCUGCAACAGAUCUAGCCUCGGCCAACUCAGAGACUCAGUUUGUUGAGCAUGCUGUCCAACAGCUUCUAAAGGCUCGCAAAGUCCUCAAAUGUUCCUAUGUGUACGGCUACUAUCUAGAUGGACCAGGCUACAUGAAAAUUGUGUUUGAGUUUAUGCAGACUGAACUUGAGGAGACAACAGAAAUCUUGUCUCAAAUGGUGAACCGCUUGUACUUGCGAACGCCAAAGAAACGCAUCAUUGAGCAGGCUCAGUUGGUGCAGAGGAAGAGACACGAGUUUAUACUGGCAAUAUCUAAAGGGCUGGUUCCCCCUGAAACUCCGCCAGGACUGCGUAAACAUCGCAGGCGCAAGUACAGCAUGGACACCGAAGAUGAGCAGUUAAGGAAGGCGAUUCUAGCAUCAAUACAAGAGGUUGAUCCAGCAAAGCCAUGGAUCAAGGAUGCCUCUGGUCGCCACACCAAUGUUAUGGCUGUCCUAGACUGGCCUAACAGUGAUGACUCGGAUACUGAGGAGCUCUAUACAGUCACAGAAGGGAGAUGCAAGAAGAUGUCCUGUAACAACCCACGUGCCAAGAACCCCCGAACAGGAGAGACUCACGACUAUUGCAGUCGCCAGUGCAUGUAUGAAGACAAGCUUGAAAACCCUGAACAUCCAGAGCCGGUGCAGGAGGUGAUCAUGGAUGAACAGAUGGACCUUCUCCGGGCCCUGGAAAUGUCCAGACUACAGUAUUUACAUGACCAAGGAAUCAUCACCGGAGAUAGGGGCUCCAUUUCUAUUCAAGUGCCUCCAGAGGAAGCGAUUGCAGCACCACCAGUGGGUGCAGAUGACAUUGUCAGACAAAGGUCCCCAAAGUCACAGAGAAAGUCCCCCAAACAGAAAUCCCCAGGCUCUAAAGGACGAGGGAAAGGAAAAGGAAAGAAGACCAUUCAGGCUGCGCUGGAGGAGCUGGAUGUAGAACUACAGAGAGUCCUGGAGAUCUCCUCGAUCAGUCCAUCAGAAUUCCAGGAGACCAUGAAGAGUGAUCAGAGAUCACAGGAGAGAGGAGCUGUCAAACAGCGGAGUCGAUUCGACGACACAGGCGCCCUCUGUGUCCAGAGUGUGCCCAACAGGAGUGUAGAGGACCUGGACCAUGACGACUGUAUCAACUGCAACUUUUCCGUUGAAAGUGAAAGGAGAAGUUCAAAUGAGGACCAAACCCCCACCACCCCCCGCUCAUCUCUCUGGCCCCUUCCCGAUGCCUCAGGUGACCACUUAGCGGUGUUUAGUCCAAGUAUACCCACAUCACCUAGAAGAACCAACUCAAACUCUUGCUUUGGGAUCAUUAAAGAUAUCAGUGUCUCCAAUCUCCACACAGGGGAGUCCGAUAAAAUCAGAGACAUGGAAGAGAAGAACUUGGCUCUUCUGGCUAGCACUAAAGUGCCUGAGGACACCGAUCCCCUCGCCCAUUUUUCAGGACCAACAGGGUACAACAGUCAAGCACAUCCACCAAUCAGGGACCAAGCUUACAGCUCCAAGGGCAGUUUUGGACUAUUGGCAGCCAACACUCCAGGAGAUGAACAUAUUCUUCUGUUGCAGAGCCCGGAAACUCCAGAACACGUGGUUCUUGGUUACCCUGGACAAUCAUAUAUGCAGAAUACAGGGUCACUAGAUUACACAGAUGUUGAUGUUCAUGCUGAGAAUACUCCAGAAAGUGACUCAGAACACGAUGCUUGUCACAAAUUCCUGUCUUCUUUGAAACCUCCCUCCGAUGGCUUUCUGGAUUCAUUGACUGUUUGUGAUAAUGAAACAAAACGAACCAAGAUGAUGCCACAGCAAGAUCUCGCCUUGCCUUCUGAGAAGAUAACAGAUUCAGACUUUUCCAUGAUUCUGGAAUCCAGUGCACAGUUAGAAUCAGAAGUGGAAACCUGGGCUACAAGAUGUCAAGGUCAAAUCCAGAGUGAGGCUGGAGGAUUGAGUGCUGAGAAUGCUGCAGCAGUGGAUUCCUCUACAGGGGAGGGUCAUGUGGUAACUGAAGAAAGCGAAGCGAAAGAAAGCAUUCAUCCACCAUUGGACCAGUUAAAUUCUCCUGAAAGCAAGGAUUCGGUACAGCUACUAGAUGUAGAUGAUAUGGAUUUCGCAAAUGGAGUACCACCAAGUGGAAAUCUUGAAAAUGAGAUGUUGGAAAGUGGAGAUGAAUCUGUGUAUGUUUGAUAUGAAGAUUCUUUCACAUCAUGUGAUAUUGGAAUUUGUCUUGAUAUUUUAUCUUUGGUGUGCAUUUUCUAGAUAGCCGAAUGUAAAAAAAAAGUUUUAUUUAUACUUAUUUAUUGAUAAAGAAAAAUCUGUAUUGUAUACAGGGAUAGACACCUCUACUGGUUGUUCUUAUGUACAUGUAUCAAAUUUAUGAGAUGAGACAUCUACAUUUUAGUGGCAGGAGCUUGUCAAUAUUUAUACAUGUGUAUAUUUGUAUCAUUUGUUUUAUGAAAAGAUUGAGAAAGACAUAAUACUGUACCUUAUUGUUUAAGAUAGGGCAGAAGAAUUUUGUUGAAAGUGAAAGACAGGUGAAUAUUUCGGAGGUUGUUUAUGUUGUGAGAGAUACGUUAUUUGCCUUAUUUACCCGCCCCUGGUUGAAGACACUCUGUUCUUGUGUUCAUUGAGACUGCUGUUAUUAACAAUCACUUACAUAAAAUUAUUGUUAAUGGCUCAAGUUUUCAUAUAGACUAUAGAUUUCUAGGAUAUAGAUAUUGUGUGCAAUCUUCUGACAAGCUAACUCCUAUAGAAUUAUUAAUUAUUAUUUACCCUGAAAUUCAUAUUAAUAAUUACUAAAUAAUACAUAUAAAUACACAAAAAAUGUAACAUG